AUGCGUCCCAAGAUCGCACAACGGGAAGUCCCUGCAAGAACAACACAGGUCAAGUUCUCGGGAGGUUUAAAGUGGGACGAAACAAGCCACCUCAUCCGCCAAAUCGACCCGACAAUCCCAGACUACGGUGGCAUUCCCAGUCCUGAAAUCGAUGCCGCCUGGCAAGCGCUCAUUUCUACAACGGAUAUCUUCUUGACAAGAGAGGAGGUCGACGAAAUCAUCGGGAAUGACGGGGCCUUUGCAGAGGUGCCACCGGAUGCUCACCUGUAUACUGAUCCGUACACGGGGCUUUAUCAGGCUGUCCCUGCCGUCUUCCAUAAUCUGCACUGUUUGGACAUUAUUCGCCGCGGAGUAUACAUCCAGUACUACCCGGAAGAACUCACACCAAGCUUCAAGCCGCAUAUCCAACACUGCAUCGAUUCCAUCCGGCAGAGUCUAAUGUGCGAGGCCGACAUGACGCCCGUCCCAGAAAUCCAUACCACCCACCGGCCGAAUGGAGAACUCGAACCGGUCUUCCAAGUCACGCACACGUGUCGAGAUUUCAAGGCCAUGCAGAAAUGGGCCAAGUCGCGCGAUGCCCUGGAUGAGGCGCUGUGGAGGGACAAUGCCGAGAGGCUGAAGCCCGGUGUGUUUGCGAACCCUUAG